AAAUUAUAUAUCAACCGCCGGAAGGCAACAACAACAAUACAGUUGCAACAAUAAUAAAAGGAAAUUAUUAAUGACAAGAUUAUAAACUUGUCAAUUAUUCCUCUGCUUUCUUUCUUGAAUGUUUUACAAUUAAAUGAACGAAGAAUAAUAAGCUGCCUGGCGAAGGAAAAAUGAAUUGCAAAAAACGACGCCUUGAUGAUGUCGAUCACAUUGAAUCGAAUUUAGUAACUUCGAAUUGUGAAUGUAAAUGGACAAUUUGCAAUUUCAAGGAACUCCUGGGCACAACAUUGGAAAUUAAAUCAAAUGAAUUGUCAUCGAAAAAGAAUGAAUUUUCCGGUUGGUUCGCAACUUUAAAAAUACACAACGAAGAAGACGAGGAGCAAUUUUCAUCAAGUACGGAAUCCUAUAUUUCUUUUCACAUUAAUUGUAAUGAUAAUGAUAAAUCAUUUUUAAAAUUGAAUUUCGAAUUAUCAAUACUAAAUGAAAAUGACGAGAAAUGUAACGUAACGUCCUUAAAAAAUCUCUCCCCAAUUAAUCUAAAAACAUUCGGUUUCACUAAAUUCAUAACGUGGGAUAAAUUAUUUAAUCCCAAUGAUAAACUACUGCGUGACGAUGCUGUGGAAUUUUUCAUAAAAAUCACUCUGACAGAAUAUGAAAUCAAAGGGAAAAAUUCGAAAGCGAAUGAAAAGGAAACUACAGUUGAAUUAAUUGAAAAUAAAUAUCCAAAUCUUAUGUUUCAAAAUGCCGAUUUCUCUGAUUUGACAAUUGUUUUCGAUGACGUUAAUUUAUUAGUUCAUAAAGUGAUUCUCGCUGGGAAAAGUGAAGUUUUAUAUAAAAAAAUAAAAAACCUCAAAGAUAGUGAAUUAAGAUUGCCAAUACCGCUUUCGAUUGGCCAGGAAUUGAUUGCAUUUAUUUACACUGGACAGUGUCCGAAUUUAAUGCAAUAUAUCGAUGAACUCUACGAUUGUUCAUUGAGAUUGAAAAUUGACGAUUUGAAAAUGUUAAUUGUAACAACUUUAAAAUAUUCAAUUCAAAUUGAAAAUGCCUUGAAUCGUUUGAUUUGGGCGGAAAAACGUCAUUGUACAGAUUUAAAAAUUCAUGCGAUUAAUUUUAUAAAAUCUGAAAUUCCAAAGAUAAUUGCAACUCCGGAAUUUCAAAAUCUUAUUGAAAAUUAUCCAAAUCUCACAAGGGAAUUAUUUUUUGCCACUGUUGAAAAUUAUGAAGGACAAUCAUAGAAAAUUUUUAGACACUUGAAAAUUCAAUUAGUAAUAUUUUUAAAUCUUCGUUUAUUCUGUUCUUUUUUUAUUGAACGAAAUUUGCAACCAGUUUACUUUUUAUAAAGAUUUAUAUAUA